CUCUCUCCCUCCUCUCAAAUCGCGAUAACGUUGCAUGUUCGUGUUAAUUCCUAAUCUUUUAAUGAUCGAUUCAUUCAUCUUUCUUCUUCUUGAGGACCUGGUCGACGCGCAGCGGACUCUGAGUGAACUGAGUGAAGAAGUCCAACCUCCCGCGUCCUGUCUCCAGUUGGACCCCUCGAUGCUCGUGUUCAUGGCCGUGUCGAAGGGCGCGGGCACCCUGCGGGACCUGCAGCUCGCCCUGCAGCUGAAGAUCGAGGAGCUCCGGCAGAGGGACGCGCUCAUCGACGAGCUGGAGCUGGAGCUCGACACCAAGGACGACCUGAUCCGACAGCUGCAGCUGGAGCUGGACCGGCACCGCCGCGCGUCGCGGGGCGGGGCCGACGCUGCAGAGACGCCCACCGCAGAAGGAGCGACGGUCCAGAAUCGGGCGGCGUCUGAUGAGCCGCAGCGAAUCAAGAGACAGGCGAUCUCCGCAGAGCCGUCGGCCCUCGACCCGUCGCAGCUCACUGACGUCACGCUCACCAGCUACAGCAAAACCAAAGAGUCCAAUGAUCUGAUCCAGAGAGCUCUGAUGGACAACGACUUCAUGAAGCAUCUGGAGCACGGGCAGAUCCUCACCAUCAUGGAGUGCAUGAGGCCGACGAGCCUGAGCCGAGGCUGCUGUGUGAUCCAGGAGGGAGACGACGGCUCCGAAGUCUACGUCCUGGAGGAGGGGAAGGUGGAGGUGGCGAAACAGGGGAAGAAGCUUUGCUCCAUCGGUCCGGGGAAAGUGUUCGGAGAGCUGGCGAUCCUGUACAACUGCACCCGCACAGCGACGGUCACAGCUCUGACCGACGUCCGGCUGUGGGCGAUCGACCGACAGGGUUUCCAGACCAUCAUGAUGAGAACUGGUCUCAUCAAACUGUCCCAGUACACAGACUUCCUCCGCAGCGUCCCCUCCUUCCAGUCUCUACCUGAGGACGUCCUCAGUAAACUGGCGGACGUUCUGGAGGAGACUCAUUACAGCGAGGGUGAUUACAUCAUCCGCCAGGGAGCCUCGGGAGACACAUUCUUCAUCAUCAGCGAGGGACAGGUGAAGGUGUCGCAGCAGAACACGGCCGGAGACGAGCAGGUGGCGGAGAAGACGCUUUCCAAAGGCGACUGGUUCGGGGAGCAGGCGCUGAAAGGGGAGGAUGUUCGCCUGGCGAGCGUCACGGCGGCGGGAGACGUCACGUGUCUGGUCAUCGACAGAGAGUCUUUCAAGCAGCUGAUCGGAGGACUGGACGACGUCAACAACAAGCAGUGCGACAACAACGAGGUGAAGGCAAAGCUGCAGGCCGAGGCCGACUUCUUCUGCAGCAUCUCGCUCGGAGACCUCAACAUCAUCUGCACCCUGGGGAUGGGAGGCUUCAGUCGCGUGGAGCUGGUGCAGCUGAAGAGCGACGCCAGUCGGUCGUUCGCCCUCAAGGUGUUGAAGAAGCGUCACAUCCUGGACACCAGUCAGCAGGGACACAUCCUGUCGGAGCGCCGCCUCAUGAUGGAGGCUCACAGUCCGUUCAUCAUCAGGUUGUACCGAACAUUCAGAGACGCCAAGUAUCUGUACAUGCUGCUGGAGGUGUGUCUCGGAGGAGAGCUGUGGACGCUGCUGAGAGACAGGGGUUCGUUUGAUGACGGCACCACUCGUUUUUACACGGGCUGCGUCAUCGAGGCCCUGAACUUCCUGCACUGCAGAGGAAUCAUCUACAGAGACCUGAAGCCGGAGAACAUCAUCCUGGACCACAGAGGAUACGCCAAACUGGUGGACUUUGGCUUUGCCAAGAAGGUCGGUCUGGGUAAGAAGACGUGGACGUUCUGCGGGACGCCGGAGUACGUGGCCCCGGAGAUCAUCCUGAACAAAGGCCACGACAGUUCGGCCGACUGCUGGUCUCUGGGGAUCCUGGUGUUCGAGCUGCUCAGCGGCAGUCCUCCGUUCUCCGGCUCCGACCCCAUGAAUACGUACAACAUCAUCCUCAGAGGCAUCGACAUGGUCGAGUUCCCCAAGAAGAUCACCAAGAGCGCGGCCAACCUCAUCAAGCGCCUCUGCAGGGACAAUCCGUCAGAGCGACUGGGGAACCAGAUGAACGGAGUGAAGGACAUCCAGAAACACAAGUGGUUCGAGGGCUUCAACUGGGACGGCCUCCGCCAGGGCACCAUCGACUCUCCGUUCACGCCCACGCUCAACGGGCCACUGGACAACCGCAACUUUGACUAUUUCCCCGAGGACACGGACGACCCUCCUCCCGACGAAGAGUCCGGCUGGGACCUGGAGUUCUGACGGGACCGAGGAAACAGGAAGUGAAACCCGUCUUCUUAUUUCUGAUGUGCACAUCGUCGUUGAGUGAACAUCAAGACUCCUCUGUCGGGUUGUGACGAAUCAGGAAAAAAGUAUUUUCAUGAAGGAAAACACUAAAACAGCAACAAAAGUACUCGGAAAAAAACCACUGGGAACCAAAACCAGGAAGCAGCUGGAGUCUCAAAGACGUUAGCAACUUCCAGGUUUAAUUCAGCUCCUGCAGAUGAACUGGAACACGAGAUGUUUCAUGAGCAAAGUGAAUCUGAGCCUCUGACAGAACAGGAACGUGGUUUGAGUUUCAAUCGUGUGAUGAAAAUGUAUUGAUCUGUAUUUUUUCUGAUAGUUUCUCUAGAAUGAAACUCACUUUGGUUCAGUUUUGCUCAUUGUUUCCUGAGCGACUGGCUUCAGUACGAGGAGGUUGAUGUUCUGUUGAGACUCGCUCUCGGUUGUUGUCGUGUCUGUUUCAGUAUUUGUUCGUCGUCGCGCUCUGGAACAAAUCAGGAAAUUUAAAACUAAAAUAUGUGACUGGAAAUAAAUAAAGGUCUGUGUGCAACUUGAA